AUGCUGAGCGUGAGCCGCGACUCACAGCGCCUGAGCCGCGGCUCACAACGCCUGAGCCGCGGCUCACAGCGCCUGAGCCGCGGCUCACAACGCCUGAGCCGCGGCUCACAGCGCCUGAGCCGCGGCUCACAGCGCCUGAGCCGCGGCUCACAGCGCCUGAGUCGCGGCUCACAGCGCCUGAGCCGCGACUCAGAGCGCCUGAGCCGCGACUCACAGCGCCUGAGCCGCGACUCACAGCGCCUGAGCCGCGACUCAGAGCGCCUGAGUGACGCGAGUCACCGGAAGUUGCCGUGA